UUUCUCAUUCCAGCUGUGUGGGGCUCCGGUCCGAGCGACACAAAUGUCUCUGUUUCUAACGGGAGUGUCGGUGUAAACGGAUCAGAGCAGCGGAGCCCGGUGCACCGGUGUCCUCGCUGACGGCGGAUGCCGCUCACGGUGCGGACUUCAGCCCGGAGGAGGAGAAAAACCCCGGAUGAGAAGCGACCUGGGGAGUCUACUUCUGCUGCUCAGGUGAUGGCGCCCACACGGAUGAAGCUGCGAGUGCGUCGCCGUGACAAUGCGGCCGCAGGUGCCGCAGCAGGAGGCGGUCAGCCAGAGGAGGAAGAGGAGAGGAGCCGAGAGAGCAGUGGUCGCAGCAGCAGGAGGAAAACCACCACGUCAACCACAGCUGCUGCCGCCUCCUCCUCCUCGUCUCCUCCUCCCUCCUCCUCCUCUGCCUCGGCCUCAGCGCGGGCAGUGAUGGCGGCGGAGGAGGCAUCGCCUGAUUCCAAGUGUCCGAUCUGCUUGGACCGCUUCAACAACCUGGCGUACCUGGACCGCUGCCUGCACCGAUUCUGCUUCCCCUGCAUCCAGGAGUGGUCGCACAACAAGGCUGAGUGUCCGCUCUGUAAGCAGCCCUUCGCCUCCAUCCUGCACUCCGUCCGCGCUGAGGACGACUUCAAGGAGUACACGCUGCGGCCGGCGCCCGCCAACAGCAGCGUCGCUGCCACUGUGGCGAUGGUGGCGGCGAUGGCUUCGGCAGCGAGGAGCGACCACCAGAUGAGGCUGAUGCUGAGGAGGCACAGAGGGCCAGACAGCGGGGAGACAAACACGAGGAGGCGGAGGAGGGAGAGGGGAGGGAGAGGCAGGAGGUCGGGGGUGUGGGAGUGGUACCUUGACUCUCCUCCUCUGGCUCUCCCUCCUCUUCCUCACCAUCCCGCUGUCUCUCCCGUUGUGGCAGAGGACAGUGAGGAGGGAGAGGACCUGGAGGAGCAGAGGAUUAGGGGAGGAGCUGAUCUGGCGGAGCGUGGCGUGAUAUUUGAGGGGCUGACGGGACUCGGGGGAGCGGUGGCACCUGUGGGCCCCAAUGACCGGGCAUCACGGCGGCUAAUGACCCGACUGGUGGCGAGGCAGCGGCUGCAGCGAGAAGGUGGAACUGUGCGGCGGCUGAGGGAGCGCGAGACAGUGGCCUUCCGCCGUGCUCUCUACCGAAGCGGCAUACGGGUUCGUGGCGUUGCCGGAAUCAAUGGCAAUGGUAACCAGGGGCAGCAGCAGCAGCGUGACAUCACAGCAGAGAGCUUCCGCCGCAACCCCACCCACCUGAACAGACUCCGCCCCUGGCUGCGGCGGGAGCUCACGGUGCUGUAUGGUGCACACGGUUCACUCGUCGACAUCGUCCAGCGCAUCAUCAUGGCACGGCUUGCCCGCCACGGCCUGGAGGACACGCCCACCGUAGAAGAAGAGCUGCGACCUUUUCUGUUGGCCCGCACCGACCACUUUCUACAUGAACUGGUCAGCUUCGCCCGCUCGCCGCUCAGCCUGGAAAACUACGACCUGCAGGCGGUGUACGAGCCACCGGCUGCUGCCUUGGAGCUGGACGGCACGAGCAGCUCCAGCGAGAGCAGCUCGGUCAUCGCCAUAUCAGAGGGCGAGGAAGAAGAGAGACAGGUGGGAGGAAGAUCAGAGGAGAGGCAGCUGGUGAGGGCGGGGGGCGCUCACGAUGAUGUCAUCCAAGCAGGAAGCUGCCUCAGUCUGUCCGCCUGGGACGAUGAGACUCCAGGACCCUCGUACUCCACCGCCGAGCCAUCGUGUUCGCUCGCCUCGCUGUCUUUUAGCCCUGCCCCACAGGAGGCAGCCAAUGAGGAGGAGGCCGGGGAGAAGCGGGACGAGGAGGAGGAGUGUCUGAUAGUCGGAUACAAGAAGCCAAUAGCGGAGCGGACUCCUGAGUUGGUGCAGCUCUCCUCCGACACCGAGGAAGAGGAGGAGAAAAAGAAGGAGGAGGAGAACGCAGCUGAGAAACCUCCUUCCCUCCCCUCCACCACUCCUCCCCUCUCCUACCUACCCACAAUCCCCCCCUCUACGUCAGGUGCCUGCAGCCGCGAGCAGGAUGACCAGCCAAAGGAGAAAGAUGGCGAACACCGCUCACAUGCACGCUCGUGGUCGGGCAGCUCGGGAAGAAACUCUGUGUGCACUCUCAGCCCGGUGACGCCUGGAGAGAGCGAGCUGCGACGCGAGAGCUGGAGAGACAGGAAGUCCUGCAGCGAGGUGACGAGGGAGAAGAGGAGGAAGAAGAAAAGGAGGAGGAGAGGGCGGGACAGGAGCGGCGACCGGCUCAGGAAGAGCGGCACCCUGUACAACCCAAACCGCUCCAUUUAUCCUGCGUUGAUGCGUCACCACUCUCCCUCGCCAUUUCACUCCAGCAUUGAGUCAGGCUCACCACUGCCGCCUAGCCCAGACGACUCCAGCUGGGAGUACCCAUGUUCCCAGGUUUCUCCUCUCACCUCCUCCGUCUCCUCACCCUCCCGUUCCUUCUCCUCCUCACCCCUUUGCUCCUCCCCACAGCCGUCAUCACCGACAGCGCAGACGCCCUCGCUCUCCCCCAGCAACAAUCACCAUGGAGAAAAACCAGGCGGGAAGAGGAAGUACAAGAGCCGCCACCUGGACAGCGAUGACAAGGACCCCACCUGGAGGCCGAGCAGCAGCCACUGCAGGGAGAAGAGGAGGGAGCGGGGGGUGAAGGAGAGGAGGAAGAAGGGGAGAGAUGGGGGGAGGAGAAGAGAGAGGCAGAGGAGGGAUGUCGGAGAGAGCAGCAGCAGGAGGAGCAGAGAAGACCGGAGUCCCAGCGUGGAGAUCAUUUACGAGGGCACCAUCACCUCCAGCAUGACACAAUCCCCCGCACGCAAACGCCGCAGGAAACGACACCGCAACACACAACAUAGCAGCUCGCCGGUUAUCAUCACCCUCGACAGCGACAGCAGCCAUGACGACGCCAACAACAAAAACAACCACAGCAGCAGCAGCAGUCCGCUCAGCAGCCAGCAGACCGUCGACUUCUCAGACCUUCCUCCUCUCCCGUUGGUGCAUUCCGCUGGUGUGGGCGGAGCCUUGAAUGCAGAAAUUGGUGAGCUUCCUGUUGACAUCCUGGACCGAGGGUCUGAUGGGUCAGAGACCGAGCCAGCGGACCAACCGGAGGCUGCAGGUCCCAUCGCCAUUGACAACAGUGAUCAUGACGUGGACGUGGAAAACGUUGAAGAGAGUGGUUCACUGCUGGGACUGGAUGAGGAUAAAGGACAAAUGAGAACGGCUGAUACAAAGUUAACAGCUCCUGGUAAUCAGACAGGAGUAGGAGGUGUGGAGGGCGGCUCUCAGCCAACAGGAGCGAUCGAUGCUGCUGCCACAUCAACAAAUCUGGUCCGCAAAAGAGACGCUGAGGUGUCGACCUCUGACAGCCAUCUGCUAGCAACCAUCCUCAAUGACCUAAAGGGAAUCACUGCACCUAAAUGUGACCUUUCUCUGAACUUUGAGCCCAGCUGUUCACCUGAAACCAGAAACAAGCGUUUUAGGAAACAGUGUGAGGUCAGUCAGUCUCGCUCAAACCAGGACGACUGGUUGGCUGAGACAAGAUAUCCUUAUACAGAUUCGUCUGACAAGCGACUGUCUUAUGAUCUUGUGGACGAAAAUCGGGGCUCUGACUUGCCGACAUGUCGUACCUCCAUCCGCCCGCUACCUCCUCUUGAGCAACCUAAGGAGUGUAGGGUCAGAGAGGAGGGCAAGGACGCCCCUCCACUCCUGAAAAGGGCAAGUCCUGUGAGGUCAUACAACAGAAAUACUCCACCGCCAUUAAAACACAAAGAUCAUGGAAGCCCACACCUGUCACCCAUAUCUCCCAUUGACUUGCACUCACCUUGUACCUCUGUUGGCACUGACCCAGUUGGUGUAAAUUCUCAUGUUGAUCUUAAUUCAAAUCCUACUGUCUCCUCUGUUGACUCCUGUUUGGGUGCUGAGCUGCCUAAAGACAAUCCGGCCAUCCCUGGCAUUUCAGCGCUGAACCAACAUGUCACAAACACUAUGGCACAGAGAGGAGAGCCGGCAUCUACGAGCAGCAUUUUAGCUGAUGACAUGCAUUCAUCUUGUCAUCUAGCACUCAUUGACUCCCAUUCAACUGCUCCUUCUAAACGUGGAGCAUCAGCUGCCAGCAUCCAUUCCAUGAGUCACAAACAUCCCAUUGAUUUCCAUUCUUCUUCUGGGUUGGAAAAUAGUUCCACAAGUGCUGACUGCAUUUCACAUCUGGGCUUCAGUUCUUUUCAUUCUUCAAAGGUACAUUCCGGUCGUGACAGCACAAAGGAAAUAUCUUCCUCUGGUCAUAGAUCUUCACCCAUUGACUUGCAGCCUGUAAAUUCUUUAUCUCCCAUUGAUUUCCAUUUGGCCAAAACUGGCUGGUUCAGAGAGAAACCAGCUCACACUGACUCUACCUCCAGGAGUAACACUAUGAGCUCAGAUUCCAGUCGGGUAGCACCCGUUGAUCCCCAUCCUUCCAGCAGUGUUUCUGCUGAAGGGACACCGGGAGGUGGUGAUGUUUUCUCAGGAGUCAACUUUAAUGACACAUCACUGCCUGUUUUCGUUUCAUCCAUUGAUUCAAGGACACAGAAUCUCUGCUCACCCAUUGACUCUCACCUGUCCACUUUGAGAGAGAACUUUUCAGAAAGGCGUCUACCCUGUAGAGUUAGCUCAGUGCCAACAACAGCUACCAGUGGCAGGUUGUCACCCAUUGACGUGCAUCCUAGUAGUCCCAAAUUCAGAGUUGACCUCCACUCUUCCACUGCAGCUUCAGAAAGACUGACGGACAGCAAAGCAACAUCAAUAGUGAAUCAUGGGGUGAGAUCGCCCCAUGGUCACCUGCCACCCAUUGAUUUGCAUCAUACAAAUCCUGUGCCACCUGGUAAUGCACAUUCUUCUGUCUCUGUCCGCGCCAUGAUGGAUGAACACUUGAACCACACAGCCUUAUCCUCCACUACCUUCCACACAUCACAUAAAAAGUGCAGCUCACAGUCCCAACCUACCGUUGAAUCCCACUCAAAACUUCUCAACCUCACCGACUCUCAUUCAAAACCUCGCAACCACUUUGAUUCCAGAUCCAACCCACAGAUCUCUAUUGACGCCUGCCCAAAACAUAACCUCCCCAUUGACUCUCAUCCAAAAAACUCCCAGAGAGACUUUCAGCUCCCCACUGAAUAUGUCAUCACAUCUUCCCACCAGUCUGUUGACAACCAAUGGAACUCUGACGCCUCCAUUGACACCCACUCAGACUCUAAGUCGCCCAUUGACGAACGCUCAGCCAGCAGCGUCUGGAAUACACACACGCACUCUGCCACGUAGGACAUACACAUACACACACAAACUUCUGGAAUGAAAAGAGAUUUAAAUGUUUUGAAUUCUUAAUUAAGAAAAUAUGAUGAAAGAACUGCUGAUUUUUUUUUAACCUGUUAUUAUUUUUGUUUAUAAGAUAAAUUGUGUUCAUUAAGAUGUAACCUCUUUCUGCCGCCUCAUCCUGGAGAUCAUGAUGCUGUUUGAUGCCGUAUGUUUGUGUGUGAAGAACGUUGUUCAGUAAUUAUUUUCAGAUGUGACAUGGACAAAACGAUAUAUUCAGUCUCAAGUACUGACGUAUAUUUUUACAUUUUUAAUGUAACAAUUUUUAGUUUGCAACUGAAGAAGCAAUAGAAUAAAUCAAAUUGUUAAAAUUAGGUUUUAAACAGCUUCUUUAGUGAUUAAAUCAUCUGAUUACCAAGGACGAAAAGAUGAUUUAAAAAAAAGAUUUUUGAUUUCUUCUGAGGAAUUCAGGAGGUAAGAUGCAAAGUCCAGUCACAUUGGAAAUAUCCGUCAAUGUCUGGAUGGAGCUGCAGUUUCAUCCUGGUGUGUUGGACAUGUAAGUGUGUGUGUGAAUGUGUGUGAGUGUAAAACGUUCUGUAGGAAAACCUCACGAAUCAAAGAAUAAAGUUUGGUCAGAAAGUGA